AGAAAAUGGAAUGUUCACACUAUUGGAAUAUGCAGAUGCUGGCAGACUGUUUUAGAACGGUAUCGAACAUUCGAAUAGAACAGGUUCUGAAUAAGAACCGACUGACUGUCAAUUUCAAACCCUGCUUUAGGAUGAAGGCUUGAUGUGCCGUGUCUGGGUGGCAGUAGUGCUCUGCGCGCGAGGCUCUCACAGACUCAUUCGUCACGGUCAGAGCCGCUUUCUGGGCGGAGAAAAAAAAGAAAUCCAAGUAACCCUCCAGUCGACACUCAGCAGAGCAGCAGCCGCAGUUCAAAACGGAGGACUCUCACGUGGAAUAUCCUGCAGACGUGUUAAAUAAAAGAAAUUAGAAGCAUCUCAUCCAAAGCAAUCACAUUAUCUUUUGGAUUCCCAAAGGGUUUGAUGUCGGCUGAUCUGGUGUGAAUCGUUUACCAGUUUAACUUCUGUGUUUGGGGAGAGGAGGUACAUUUCAGCUACAUUCGGGUCUUGUAAACGGAAUGAAUGACCAAGACAAAGGUUGACACCGGUUCCCCGACGCAUUUUGUCUCGUCGAAGGAGAAGAGGCAAAAGCAGAAAAUGGAGAGCAGCACUGGAGAACAAGAGCAGCCGCAGCCGUCACAACAGCAGCCCGCGCAGCCGCUACAAGUUACCGAGAAAAAGAAAAUACACCGGGCACCGUCUCCAGCAAGACCCAAGGAUGUGCCGGGGUGGUCCCUCACUAAAAUCCGCGGCGGUAUCGGCACGCCGACACUGAGUGUUAAACCAGGGGCCAUAUAUUUAGGUGGCCGCGUGUCCAGACGGAGCCCGGUUACCGGGAAGGAGACAAAAACAGAGAAGAGUAAACCCGUGCUGUCCGCGCCCGGUGCCCAGAAGAGCUGCGUGAAGUCUAAUAAAAGCGGCCGGAGAAAAGUUUCGGACACCAGCAUCGGAUCGGAUGAUUUGAGCAAGGACUCCGGCUGCGCUGCGGGGAAACUCUCCCCCACCGACAGCAGCUCCGAGCUUUCCGACUGCGCCUCCGAGGAGAAUAAAGUCUCCACAGAUGCGCUGAGCAGCGACACCGAGACCAGCAGCCGCGGGGGGAUCGACGGAGAGAAAGCGCCUGCGGAACACGCACUGUUGGACAAGAGUGGUCAAACCAAGACCAGCGUGGAGAAAGACCGGCUCUCGCUGGGGAUGGAGACCGCAGAGGGGAGCGUCUCUCCCGGCGAUGAGCGCUCGCUCGCCUCGUUCGACAGCAGGAUUCCCGCCAGCACGUCCUUGGCGUUCUCGGACCUGACUGAGGAAUUAAUGGAUGGGAUGCAGGAGGAAUUUGUCAGGGAAAUAGAGGAACUCAGGUCGGAGAAUGAUUAUUUAAAGGAUGAGAUGGAGGAGCUUCGCUCGGAGAUGCUGGAGAUGAGGGACAUGUACAUGGAGGAGGAUGUCUAUCAGCUCCAGGAGCUCAGACAGCAGCUGGAUCAGGCCAACAAGACCUGCCGCAUCCUGCAGUACCGCCUCAAGAAGGCAGAGAGACGCAGCAUCCGCGUGGCCCAGACCGGACAAGUGGACGGGGAGCUUAUCCGAACACUGGAGCAAGACGUCAAGGUGGCCAAAGACGUGUCCAUCCGUCUGCACAAUGAGCUGGACGCUGUGGAGAAGAAGAGAUCUCGUCUGGAGCAGGAGAACGAGGAGCUGAGGGUGAAACUGCAGGAUCUGGAGGUGGCCAAGCAGGUCCUGCAAGCAGAGAUGGAGAAGGCCAGAGAGAACUCUUUGAAGAAGAGAAGUGCCAGACCAAACAACAAACCUGAUAAAAAAGCAUCGCCUCAGCCUCAAGAGGACAGUUCAGACCUAAAGUGCCAGCUUCACUUCGCCAAGGAGGAGUCAGCUCUAAUGUGCAAGAAGCUCACAAAGAUGGUGAAAGACAACGAGGCCAUGAGGGAGGAACUGGCAAAGUAUUGCUCUCUGUAUGGAGAGGUUGAUGCUUCACUUACUGUAGAAGAGGUUGCCGAUUCUCCUCACACCCGGGAGGCUGAGGUCAAAGUUCACCUGAAACUCGUUGAAGAGGAGGCAAACCUUCUAAGCCGACGGAUCGUAGAGUUGGAGGUGGAGAAUCGCGGCCUUCGCGCCGAAAUGGACGACAUGAAGAUCCAAGAUUCCCCGGGUGGAGUUAGCAUCAUGGGUGGAGUCGGAAGUCACCUUUUGCUUUCCACAUCUGAGAAUGUGAUGGAGCUACAGCGGCACCUACAGUUUGUGGAAGAAGAGGCAGAUCUGCUGCGGCGCUCCCUGAUAGAAAUGGAAGAGCAGAACAAGCUCUUGAUGAACGAGCUCACCCACUUCAAGUCUGAGCUUCCCACUGUCACCGAGAUAGAGCUGUCAUCAUCCACAGCCAUCACUUCACCCACGAUCAUUCCUGGUGCUUCUGAAGAAGAAGGAUCUGGUCUAAAUGAAGCCAGCCAUAAAGAACUACUUGCUGCCAGGCUUCAGAUCACAGAGCUGAACGGCAAAGUAAAAAAGCUCCAGUACGAGAACCGUGUGCUACUGUCCAACCUUCAACGAUGCGACUUGGCCUCCAACCAGGGCUCCGCACGUCCAGCGCUGGAGACCGAUGCUGAAGCAGGGGACUCGGCUGAGUGCGUCCCCAUGCAGGCGCACCGCGAAGGUCCAGUUGGUGAUGAGCAGAAUGAUAUUCUGGUGGAGAAGAAUCUGAACGUUUCAGGAACAAGUCACAUUCAUACUGCUCAGUGCCUCAGCAUAAAAGACCUUCUCGCCAUCCGUGACCAGGCACAACUUGUUACCUCAGCCAUUCAGCUUCUGACGUCACCCGACCCCUCCUGUAUCUCACCAGACACCGUCUAUCAUAAGAUUACGACAAAUGAGUCUGCGGAACCAGUUCUACUGGAGAAGAGCCAGACCCAAAGCUCCAUGCUGCCCCUGGUGGAGGUUCUUCAUGGCAGACUGAAGUCCCUCCAGGCUCAGCUACAAGCACUCAGUGAGAGGGUCGAUGUCCUGGGUCAGCCCUCAGAGAGGGAGCAUGUGGAAGGGCUGUCCCUGAUGCCCCCGCUGUCUGAGGCAGAAAACCCUGCAGCAAAUUGCUCAUGCCCUGCAGAUGCUUAUUUCAACCAACAGAAGCCUGACUCUAGAGACCUGCCAGACUGUGAGGUCAAAGUUCACCCAUGCAAGGCAGAGGAGGAGAGCAACAGCCACAAAGACAGCAACAAAGUUGAUGAAUAUGUCUUAAAGGAAACAAACUCAGAUCUGCUGACAGAGCAGGUCGGUGAGCUGCACGCUCUGUUGUCUGAGGCGAGAGAGAAGGCUCAGGGAGCACAGGAAGAGCUGUCACAGGAGAGAGAGGAGCGCCACAAUGACACACAUAAACUCUCUCAGCUUCAGGAAGCGAAUCAGAAGGCUCUCCUCCGUCGAGACUUUCAGCUGCAGAGUCUGAGUCUACAGACACGUCUGCAGCAGAAGCUAUGGAGUCAGGAGAGAAACCUGCUGGUGCAGGAGUCACAGCAGCUUAAAGAGAGCCUCCUCCUCAUCAGCCUCAAGCUGCGCUGGCUCCUCAAACAGUGGAGACUCGGCAAGAAACUAGACACCGAGAGCAAGGAUAUCUUAGAGGUUAACAGUGUCAAAGAUCUCUGUAUCCUGCUUGAGGAAGAUGGCCUGUCUUCCCACUAUGGCGACAACAAGAUGUCAGCCGCCGAGGAGCAGCCACUCAAUGCUACACCUAAAGAACACAGCCUACAGCAGCCUAGCGCUUUCGGAAGUACUGUCUCGGACCUGAAGGUGGCGCUGCAGGACCUGAGCGCUGAGCUGCGCGAGGAGCGUCAGAGUUCACAGGAGUUAACGCAGCAGUUUGCCCGUGCUAAAGCAUCAUGGGAAGUCGAACGGUUGGAACUCAAGAGCAUUAUCACUCAGCUGGAGGGUAAAAUGGGAAAGGCAUCUGUGGCUGGGGGUGAAAAGGAUUCUCCAGACCUCAAGGGGGCGCUAAAAAAGGAGAGGGAGGAGCAUCAACACCUGUUGGCGGACUCUUACGCUGCUGUGAUGGACCUCACCAAACAGUUGCAGAUCAGUGAGAAGAACUGGAGUCGAGAGAGGCUAGAGCUUCUGGAGCACUUCAACCAGGAAAGAAGUCAAUGGGAACAGCGUUUACGAGAUGUCCAAAACAAAGGCACUCAGUCUCUUCAUGAUAAAACUUCUGAAAAAGAAAUCUCAGCAGAUGCAGCCACCAGUGGUUCAGGACUGCAAAGGACCAAAUCAGUUUCUUCCCUCUCUGAAUUUAAGAGUCUGCUGGACACCAGUCUGUUCCUUCCUGGUCACAAGGUCAGUGGGGUACCAGAGUGCAAUGUUGCACAGCAUCAAUCUACUGUCCCUGCAUCCAUUCUGGCUUGCACUGACUUAAGUGAUCUAAAUAAGAAGAAUUGGAAGUACCUGACCAAUGAUUCUGCAAUGCUGGAGAAGGGUGACCAGUUUAAGACAUGGGACUGCCCAAGCACCAACUCUAACAGCAGCUUCCCAGGACUGGAGUUGAGCAAGGAGUACAUCCAGAGAAGCUACACCGCACCAGAUAAGACGGGUAUUCGCAUCUAUUACAGCCCUCCGACUGUGAGGAGAAUGGAAAGGAGGCCAGUCAAAGAAAAGUCCCAGCAGGAUCCUCAGCAAGGACCAUCAUCUUGGGACGGACCCAUGAUAGAUCCAUCAGGUCAGACUGCUGCAUCUGCACCUUUGUCGAGCACUUCCUCUUCCUCUUAUGAGCAGUGGUUGAGUUCACUUUCACAGCAGCAUAGAGACCUACUUGAAGGACGGACAGGAGGUUCUACACCAUUCCACGGACUGGAAAUGUCAGGCAACCUUAGUGAUGACAUGAAGGAGAUGACCAACUGUGUGCGACAGGCCAUUCGUUCUAGUUCCCUGGAGAGGAAGUGCAGCAAAGAUACUGGGAGCCAGACAGUUGGUGUUUCAAAUACAGGAACACAGACAGCACAGUUUGUCAGCAUUGGCCUACAAACUGAUGGCCCCAUUUCAACAACUAGAAGCCUUCAAGGGAAAGCAUGGUCUCCUCGUCCAUCCACCUCACUUUCUUCUGCACGCACCCGACAGAUCUCUUCAUCUCUAGAGAAAGUCCACAGUCGCAUUGAUAGACCAUGUUGCUCACCGAAAUAUGGCUCACCUAAGCUUACCCGCAGGGUCUCCACCUCUUCCUCCAAACUCGAGACCUCGUCAACAUCCUCAAGGGAUCGCAGUGUAUGGAAUCUUCAUAACCGUAGUGGAUCUCAGAACGGAUCUGCUUGGGCACGUUCCACCACCACCCGAGAAAGCCCAGUGCUUAGUGGCCUCAAUGAUGGUUUGACCAGUCUCUUCAGUGUGGUGGAACACCCUGGAAGUGUUGAAUCUUUAUGGAAAGCAAGUACAUGCCCGGGGAGACAAGCUGCUGGGAAACCCUCUUGUCCCAGCAUAGGAAUUGGUCUGGGGGAAGCGGGAGCUCAGAAGUACAGCUUGGUCCAGGAGUUUCUGCGCAAUGUUUGUGGCAGGACUGCACCAGCAGGGACCAUUGACGAACCAAAGCCUGAAUGCCUACCUGGAGCCUUAAUCAGCACAGACAACAUCACAAAGAUCGUCAAUAAGAGGUUUAUGAAAACACAAAGAGAGGAGUUUGUAGCCAGCGGAAAGGAUGCAGUGAGCUCAAGCUCUAGUAACCUGGAGGAUUCACCUUGUGACUGCAGCUCACAAACUGUCACUUCCUGUUUUGCCCGCCACUCCCGCUCCACCACACGACAUACCCAUGGCCAGUGCAAACAUCCAGUGCAAGAGUCACCCUUGGGAACUGAAGAACAAUUCGAUACCAGUAAUGAAUGAGAAUGAAGGUGGCCUCUUCUGACACCCAGAAAGUAUACAAAGAAAACAACUGUCAACACGUACUCCACACAGACUGCCACACACCAGUACACACAGAGACGCACCCUUAAACAAACAAAUACAUGCUUCAUAACUUCGGUAAAAGUCUUCAGGGUUACGAGGGGAAAGGGAAAGAGUUGACCUCCCUUUUAGGUCCACUGUCAACCAGCUAGAUUUCACAUUACAAGUCAAUCAUUCCAGAGUAAACCAGCCAGAACUGCCUUUAAAGUACAUCAUUCUACCAUUCCACAGUCAUCCAGUCAGAACUCUUCUUAUAUUCUGCCAUUCCUCUGUUUUCUUCAUCCAGCCAACAGGACAGCUUAGCCAGCCAUUUCAAUCCCCAGGGAAGAACUUGACACCAUGUCUUAAUGAAGUCAUGUAGAUAUAAAGGGAACAUACAGCAUGCAAUUGACUACUCAAACCAAGAACCUCAACAUGUCCUUCAGUAAGAUUAUUUAUCUCUCAGUUGCCCAGUGGCCCUUACAUUUUGCCACAAACAGCAAUGCAUGGAGCAGCUGUAAAAUUGUCCCAUAACCAGCCCUUUAUGGAUUCUACAAGUUCUUGUUCAACUCACCGUUUUUGAGUCUACACUGAACCACUUUUGCCUUCAUUGGUAAAAAAAAAAUGUUGUCAACCAAAUCCAACAUGGUAUCAAUUUGGUUUAUGUUCUCUUUAGACAAUCAUCAAACAAACAAGCUUGUUUUAACUACUGUAUAGACUCUGCAAAUACUUGGGAUCAUCUUCAAUUUUCAAACCAGCUAAAAUAUUGAACUCUGAAUCUACCCUUGGAUUUCUCUUUACAAAACAAAAAGAAAAAAAGGACUGGAUGACAUGAUAUAUCAUUGCAUUAUGAGUGUGUUCUUUUUAAAACUAAAUAUUCUCAUUAUGCUGUCUGAAGAUGUUUAUGAAGAGCACGUUGGUAGCUGUAGAGUAGGAGGAAAGCAGUUGUUUUGUUGGCAUUGUUACUUUGUACUGCGUUUAAAGUGUUUGAACAUUAUAGCACUAACGUAAAUCUUCGUUCCCAGUCAAGGAUGUCCUGACGAAUUUUAAAGUGUAAUUAUAAUUUUUAUUCAACCCUGUAGUUCUACAGAAGACGUGUUGCUGGGUGCAUCUUCUGCAAUCCUCCUCUUUAAUUUCUCUGUCUACCUCUUCAUACGCCAUCAUUAUACUGAAAUAACCCUAGUGGACUUUAGUCGGGGUAGGCACCAAUUUUCAUCUGAUGGGAAUAAAAAAUAAAAUAAAAAACUGUAUGGGAUAGAAGUAUAGUCAGUUUAGUAGGUGUUUGCUACUAUUGUGUGUUGGGAAAAACUUUACACAACAUGAGUUGGGAAAAUUUGUCGUGACUCUAGAAAACCUACUGAACUGAGACCUUGUUCUAAAUAUCAUUCUAAGCGCUUGUGGUUGUCCUAUAUGUCAAAACAUUGGUCAGUUUAUGUUGCAUAGACUGUCAGGUAGUAACUGUGGAGUCUGCAUCAGUGCAGGCUCAGCAAAAGUGCAUAUAAAAGCUGUUUAUCGGCCUAAAGAGGGUGCUUGUUAGCACCCUUUUGAAACCUAAAAUGGCAAAUGGGACAUCCUCUAUAAACUAUUGCCGCACUUGGGAAAGUACGUCAGUCUCACAGCCUCAUUAAUGCCAAAUUGAAUGUCAUCUACCCUGAUAAACCCCCAUAAUCCUAUUUUCCAGACCACAUUUGAAAGCCUCACAAAAUAUUAAUUAUGCAGAUAUCACAUAAAUUAACAGAAUUAUGCUUAAGACUGAAACACUGAAUGCUUCAGUGAGAUUUUGAGAUUAGUAAAAUCUUAUCAGAUGAUCCCAAAAUAUAAUCCAUAAUCUGACCAUUCAUGUACGUAGAUAUGCAGUUACCGUAAUAUGAGUGUGUGCCUCCCUGCAUCAGAGUCAAGUACGUUUGUAAUGUGUUUUUUUCAAUCUCCAGUUGGAGUGGUGCUGCAGAAACUGAAGUUUAGUCCUUUAUGCUGGUGCUUUUCUUAGAUUUAAUGACGGUAAAUUAGAGGAAACAUUUUUGUAUGCAUUUCCCGAGCCAUAAGGAUUUGUUGAUUCAGCUAUUUUAUAAAUCGGGCAUUAGUAAAGUAUCAGAAUAUGACAUCUCAAUUGUUCAGUGCCUGGCCAAAAAAACAAAGUCAGAUAUUAUAAACCCAGCCUAUUAUAUCCCAAUGUGUCCUCUUUAUCUCUCACAACCUUGCCAUGUCCCACAGCUACCUCUUAACUCAAAACUGUAUCUUACAUUAAUUUUUAAAUUUUAACCCAUUCAUGUUUUAUUUUGAAGGUCACUAGAGUGCCUUUAAAAAAAAAAAAAUAUGUGCGAAGUAGGUUUAUGAGGAACCAUCUAUUGAUGGCAACGAUACAACAGAUCAGAAGACUGAGACAAAGUCUGUAUUCAAUCUAUAGUGUAUAUUGUAAUUUAUAGCAGAAGCCAAAAUACAUUUUGAAGACAUUCAUGAGUGAAAUCUGCUAUUGUAAUCAAUCCAACCUUUCUUUAUAAGCCAUUUAAACUUGUUUGAAUGUUUCCUGAGUUGAGUCUGAUGAUGUUGCUUUGCCUACUAGUAAACAUUUUAGACAAAUGGUGUACCGUCCCUUCAAGUGCCCCUUAACCAUUUAGUCUUAGAAUUCAUUCUUCUAAUUUUGGUCACAUGAUCUCUGAAAAAGCAGGGGGAAUGAUCUUAGUUCAGGAGCUUUUCGUUUGAGCGCUUCCAUAGUCAAUUUAUCAAAUGCUGAAGUCCUACAUCAAACCCCACUGUUGGUUUCACAGAAGGCUGUAAAUGACAGCAAUUACAGACAGUUUUAUAGCAAUUCUUAAACCAGUGACAGAAGUUUAAAAGGUCAUGUGGUUGCUGGUUUUAUAUUUAAAGAUGUUGUUUUCAUGGGAGCAGCUCACUGAUUGGCCUUCCCAUUCACGAUGUUGGUCUCCAUCACGUCAACACCCUGUUUUAAUGCCUAGCAAUAUAUACAACACUUUGUCGGUCAUUGUUGUCAAUAUCGUCUGGUAAAUUAUUAUAAAGAAAAUGCGUGUAUAUUUCUUUUUUGUUUCCAUUUGAAAUCUCUUUUGAAUCAGAAAUGUUGAUGACAGAUGGACAUGGAGAAAACUUUCUAAAUGUUUUAACUUGAAGUCAGAUAUACUGUAAAUAAAUACUCAAUUUGUACUCUUUCUAUCCUUGCGUCGGAUAUAUUGAAUGUCUCUGCCAACCUGACCUUUUCUCACCUGAAAUAAAAACAUAAGAAGAUUUUGUGUAAAUAGAAACAUUUUAAAAAUAAAAGUGCUGAAAAAUUCUU